UUACUACCACCUUCUUGCAAAUCUAACGUCACUGCGCAGUUCGAAAAGAUAUUCGUCAUUGGCCUGCCAUCCCGCACAGAUCGCCGCGAUGGAAUGAUACUCCAGACAGCCCUCAGUAACUUCGAGUUCGAGUUCAUAGACGGUGUCGAUGGCAAAGAUAUACCUAACAAGGCCAUCCCAACCAGCCAUGAACUUAAACGUUUAGAUAAUCCCACCUUGGGAGCCUGGCGGGCGCACAUUAAUGCAAUUCAAGAAGUAGUUCGGAGAAAUCUGUCGUCGGCGUUAAUCAUGGAAGACGAUGCCGACUGGGAUGUCAGGAUUAGAGAGCAGAUGCACGACUUCGCGUUGUCGGCACAUGCUCUGACGCAGCCUUUAACAGGCUCAUCUAAGUUUACUGACCCAACGUUCCCCGAAGCCGGGAACGGUCCCUCGGCUGUUCCGGACCUUACUUUUGGCAAAUUACCCGCCACGGCGGCCCCGAAGAAAUCCCCGUAUGGUGAUCAUUGGGACGUGCUCUGGCUUGGCCACUGCGGAAUGCACUUCCCAUUCACGGACAAGAAAAUCGUACCCAAGGGCCGGGUGGUGCGCCCCAACGACGUUACCGUCCCUCAGCACAAGCAUCUAUGGUCUAUCUACGAGCCGAGUGACUUAAGACAACAGUAUCCGAGCCACACAAGGGUCGUCCACCACGUGCAAGACGGCGUCUGCUCUCUGGCAUACGCGGUCACGCAACAGGGGGCGCGGAAACUCCUAUACGAGCUCGGGUUGAAGGAUAUGACCUCGGCGUUCGAUAUCGAGCUGAGGUGGUUCUGUGAAGGGACUGGGGAGCCCGAUCGAGGUCACCAUAACUGCUUGACUGUAGAGCCAUCACUGUUCCAGAUCCAUCUCCCAGCCGGUCCGAAGAAGAGCAACAGCGACAUCUCGGAUCAUGGCGAAGGUCUCCAGGAGAAAAUGACUAAGGUGCUAAGAUAUAGCGUGCGGAUGAACGCUGAGGCGUUAAUGGAUGGACGGUUAGACCAGCUCGUGGAUCAGUGGCCAGAUUCAUGAACCCACCAAAUUACAUCACUAUAACUUACAGAUCUCACCUAGCAACCUUCUAGAUAUUCCUCGUCGCGGAGAAUAAACUAGAAAGGGGAGACCACGCAUCGACUUCGGUCCCCUUUAGCCUUAAGGCUUCUGCUACGAUGGAAAUUAGAGUUCGCAACCCGCCCACGCCCCCGGAAGCCGGUCUCUAGCCGUUAUUGCAUGAUGGCGACGACUCCUAAGAAACGGCAGUGCCCAUAAGGUACUACUACACAAGUCAUUAAGAUACCUGAUAGAACCGAACAUCGGUUCUAUGUUCUAGUCUUCUACAUUCGUCACUGCGAAACUAUUCAGAUCGCAAUUGUUGGCGACGGCGUCAGGCGGGAUAGAGAA